AUGGCGGAAAAUAGUUACGAGUUGAAUGGUUCUGUGGCCUCUGUGUUAAGAGAUGCGCGGCUCCCAGGGGAAAGGGGAAGCAUUGCGGGGAUAUCCAAGUGGGUUCGACUCAAUGUUGGUGGAACAUGUUUCCUGACUACGCGACAAACUCUGUGCAGAGACCCCAAGUCCUUCUUGUACCGGCUGUGUCAGGCAGACCCGGACUUGGACUCAGAUAAGGAUGAAACUGGUGCAUAUUUAAUAGACAGAGACGCAACCUACUUUGGUCCAGUAUUGAACUAUUUAAGACACGGUAAAUUGGUUAUAAACAAAGACUUGGCAGAAGAAGGAGUCUUGGAAGAAGCAGAAUUCUAUAAUAUCACAUCCUUAAUCAAACUUGUAAAAGAUCGAAUAAGAGAGAGGGACAGCAAAACGGUACAGGUGCCAGUUAAACACGUUUACAGAGUGCUUCAGUGUCAAGAGGAAGAACUUACACAGAUGGUAUCAACAAUGUCUGAUGGCUGGAAGUUUGAGCAGCUUGUCAGUAUUGGCUCGUCAUACAACUAUGGAAACGAAGACCAGGCCGAGUUUUUGUGUGUGGUUUCAAAGGAGUUACAUAACACUCAGUAUGGCACAACUAGUGAACCAAGUGAAAAAGCAAAGAUUUUACAAGAAAGGGGUUCACGGAUGUGAAAAACUUUUUUUUUUUUUUUUUCCCCCACCCUUCAGUUUUAUUCCAACAGUGUCAAGAUAUGAAGAAUUUGAUUUUUUUUUGACGAGCCACUGAAGCCCUGUUUUUUUUUUUUUUUUUUUUUUUUUUUUUUUUUUUUUUAUAUCACUAGUUUUUCUAAAGCUGUACUCUGAAAACUUUUAUGUACAAAUAGAUCUAACUGUAUUGGGAUGAUAUAUGUAUUUCUCAUUCUGGCUUUUAGAUUGCUGUAGUCAGAUCAUUCCAGUUCACGUACUCUCUGGUAAUAAGACUGGAUUUGCACAUACAGUACAGCUUUUACUGACAAGUAGAAUUAUGCACACUUUGUUCCAUCUUAAAGUAACAUCCAUCGUGUUAACAUCCACUUAAGUGUCAGCUUGUCAAACCUUUACCCAUUUAUAUGUGACACUGGCUUGUUCUAGAGAUUAAUAGCUGUUAUUUUUUUAUUUUGGGUUUUUGUCCCUGCAAAGUUUGGCUGAUCACUGUACUGAAUCUACAGUGUAAAUGUAUUGUUGCAAACAUACAUAAUUUUAUGAUAAAUAUUUUGUAUAUAUGUUCCCUUUUAGACAAAGGGAUGGUUUAAGAGAAUGCAAUCCAUACUCUGUACACUUUGUUCAGGUGUGAAUGGGUUUUUAAAACUUUCUGGGCAAGUUGAUUCUGACCAUUAGGUGUGUGUCUGGUUUCAUGGAGGUUAAACAGCCUGUGGGCUACAGAUCUGGUUUCUUGGCAUCAAACUUCCACAAAAUGUAUCUUUGCAAAUAAAUUGGUUAAUAUAGAAA